AUGACAGACAUUCAGAUGCACACGAGAACAAAGCGGCUUAAGAGCAAAGUGUCCUUGCCUUACAAUCAUAAACUUGUCCCGAAGGAUGACAAGCCAAGAAGGGUGACUCCAUCUGUUUACACCCAGGAGAUGUUACAGUCUACAGAGGAGCGCCUGGCUAACACCAUUGAGGUGCACCCACCUCGGAUCCUGGAGCUGCUUGACAUGAGCAAAACUACGCAUCACAAAUUGUCCUUGGUGGAUAUGGACCAGCCACUUUUCCAGCCCUACCCCUCUGAGCUGGUCUUCCAGAACUUCACUACUGCACAGACCUACAAGUUACCACUACUCCUCCUGAACAAUGACAAGGUUUCACGACAAGUGAAGCUGGAGCUGCAGGACUCAGAGUAUUUCCAUGUGGUCGGUCCAAAGGAUGCAGGUAGCAAGAUUGCAUCAGGAAUGUCUGCUACUUUCACUGUCUUCUUCACCCCGCAAGAAGACAAGGACUACCACCACAGACUGGUUUGUGUGACAGAGAGGGAGCGGUUUGAGGUCCCAGUCCUUGCCAUUGGGCCACGUGCCAUUCUUGACUUUCGGGAUGAGCUCCAUUUACCCCUCUGUCCGGUGAAAGCCUCCACACAGAGGACUCAGCUAGUCCGCAACAUAGGAAACAGCAAGGCCAAGUUCAAGCUGCACACACAGAGGCCUUUCACAGUGACACCCUCCUCUGGGACCCUUGAUAAAGGCGAGAGCAUGCAGGUGACAGUGGAUUUCCACCCCAUGACCAUAGGAGACCACCGCCAGGACCUGCUGCUGCACUACCAUACUGGUGAAGAUGUGUACAUCAGCUUGUAUGGGGCUUGUGAGGAACUGAACAUUCAUCUUGAGCCUGACUCCGUCUUGUUGAAGAAGACUUACAUAUCUCUGGCCAACGUAAACACAGUGUCUCUCACCAACAGUAGUGACAUCCCUCUUCAGUACUGUUGGUCAACGUGGCCCAGCCAGGAAGAGGAGGAGCUGAGCUUAUUGAGGGAGAGCUCAGUACUCCAGAGGGAGGAGGAGGAGAAAGAGCGGUUGCUUUUUCAGUGUGAGUCCGACCCCACAGCGAUCCAUCGCUUCCCACUGCUGGCCAGAGCCCUGCAAGAAAGUAGAAGCCAGGCUACAAAGGACCACCUCCUGGCCCUCUCACACAGCUGCGUAACUGUGGAGCCAGCGGAAGGUGAAAUAUGGCCCAACACUACUGCACAGUUUACCAUUGUCUUCAAGCCUGAGGAGGCCAAGCUGUACCAACAAACCAUAUAUUGUGAUGUCACAGGCCGUGAUUCUCGACUACCUCUCACAAUCAAGGGCGAAGGCAUGGGACCUGAACUCCAGCUCAACUAUAACCUGAUGGAUAUGAAGAAUGUAUUCAUCGGUGACAAAAACUGUUAUGAGUUACUGGUGUCCAACAAAGGGCUGAUUGAUUCCCCCUUCAAGCUGUCAAGCCCCGACACCACUUUCGGCCGCUGUUUCUCCUUCAGUCCUGAGGAAGGUGUCGUCCCCUCUGGGGCCUGCCAGAUUGUGGAAGUCACCUUCCACAGUCGCAACUUGGGAACUUUCUCUGAGGACUUGCUGCUAGCUGUCACAGGACAGCCUAAACCACUUACCUUGACCUUCAGGGGUUGUGUUGUUGGUCCUACAUUUCACUUCAAUGUUUUAGAGCUCAAUUUUGGAGAUGUAGCCUUUGGUUUCCCACAAACAUUGAUUUGUACCCUCUUCAACACCUCCCUGGUGCCUAUGACCUUUGCCCUACGUGUCCUGGGAGAUGGGUUGGGAUCUGCUAGUGUUACCAGUGCCAAACAGGUAUCUGAGGUUUCCAGGAACAAUUGGCAAGGCAGUGCUGCUAGGGACCUUCAUGCCCGGCCUGUGGAGUUCACUGUCAGCCCUGCUGGGGGCACUGUGCGUGCCAUGUCAGAUGUCACCGUUAAGGUGACCCUGUGCUCCAACACAGUCAGGAGAUACAGGCUUGCACUGGUAGUGGAUGUUGAAGGUGUUGGUGAGGAGGUGAUGACUCUGCCUAUCAAUGCCAGGUGUGUUGUUCCUGAGAUUGUGGUGGAGACUCCAGUGUUGGACUUUCAAAGGUGUUUUCUCAAUUACCCCUAUGAACAGCAAGUGCAGCUUAACAACCCCAGCACUCUGCCUGUCUGCUAUGGCGUGCUUGACCAGGACUAUGAGGAGACUCCGUCACUGCUGUUUGGCAGUUCCAUACCCAGAGGAGUGAUUCUUCCUCACACUUCAGAGAAGCUUCCCGUGUUCCUGCUGGCUAAGGCUGUUGGAAGGCUGCAUCACAGUCUACGCAUUGCUGUGUUCGGCAGUGUCCAUCCACCCCUGGAGGUGGUCCUGUCCUGUAUUGGGCAGGGUCCAGUAAUUCAUGUUCAGAGCCCACAGCUGGACUUUGGCAGAAUCCCUGUUCUGAAGGACAUUACUAGAACCCUGCACCUGUCAAACCUGUCACCUAUUCCAGCCCACUUUACUGCUCGCAUGAGCCAUAGAAGGUCCUUUUGGCGUGUUGAGCCCAGUGAAGGGGAAGUGCCACCAGAAAGCCAGUUGGAGCUUCGGGUAGUAGCACACCUAAAGGACGUGAUCCACUUUCAGGAGAGGCUGGAAGUGUCCAUCCAAGACAGUCAAAGACACACAGUCCCUCUGUCUGCCACAGGCACUGGCACCACAAUUGUCAGUGACAGGCCUUUUGCCCCAAGCCUUGACUUAGGAACAUACUUCAGUCAUGGGUCAUGCCAGUAUCACUUCAAGCUGACCAACCAUGGCCAACGGACACACCGUUUGUACUGGCGUAUUGAUGGCUUCCCGCCCUACUCCAAAACCCGCAACGAGGACAGCUUGUCUGGCAGAGGCUUCCUGCCCUCCAUCUCCACUCCCAGGAAGAAAGAUGUUCCGAGCCGUGGAUCUUUACUCUCCUCUAGCAGAGAAAAGCCGGUGUUCAGCCUCAGCCCUUCUCGAGUGGAGCUUUUCCCAGGCUGCUCUGUUGACAUGGUGCUGACGGGAUCUUCAGACUCCUCCAAGGUCGUUCGGGAGCGUCUGGUGUGCUAUGGCAUUGUGGGUCGCCAGGGCAGUUCAGAGCUCAUCAUGUCUGUUGAUGUUACCUGUCGUUUUAUUGCUCCAAUGCUCAGCAUUUCUUCCAAGCAGCUGAACUUCUGCAUGGAGAAGGUCCCAGGAAAGAAUCUAAUCCCCGUAUAUGAGAAACUGGUCUUGAAGAAUGUGUCAUCUCUGUCUCUGUCCAUGACGCUCUCUCUUCUAGAGCCGUUCUCUCUGUGUGAGGCCCCAGGAGCUCAUAGCUCAACUACCACAAAGUCCAUGGUUUUAGGUGACGGGAAGCAGGCUGAGUUGUGGGUAUGCUUUAAUCCAGUUUGCUGUCAAGAUCGAGUGUCACGAGUUGUGGAUGAGUUCCUUGAGGUGCACUACCAGGGACACCCACAGCAAGACACGGUGGAGCUGCAUGCUGAGGUCCACUUCCCCAACCUGCAUUUCUCCUCCACCACAGUUGACUUUGGCUGUGUGCUCAACUGCACAGAGACUCACAGAGUAAUCACAAUCACCAACUGCUCCCCACUGCCUGUGUCCUACCGCUGGGCUUUCCUGGAAGACCAGAAACUCCAUACCAUCAGAGAGACAGAAAUGCAAGAGGAAGAAGAGGAGCAGAAAAAUCUGAAAAAUGGGACUGAAGAAGGGAGGGGCUCCUUUACAACACCUUCUCCAGCCUCUCCAGUUCCUCUUAGCUCCAGGCCUGGUGUAGAUGAACAGAACAGCACACAGUGUCCUGUGCGUGUGGAGGAGGUAUUUGAUGUAUUGCCAAUGUAUGGUCAUCUGCAACCUGGGGAGCAGCAGCUUGUCACAUUCUCUUUCUACGGCCAUGAACAUAUCAGCAGAGAGGUGGUAGCUCAGUGCCGUGUAGAGGAAGGGCCUAUGUAUGAAGUCAAACUCACAGGAGAAGCAUCAGUUAUCAGCUACAGCCUUGACUUCGCCCGUGUCGACUUUGGUCUGCAGCUUUUUGAUCAUGUAGGGGAAGCUGAGAUGACCCUAAGGAAUACUGGCAAGGUGGGCUUUAAAUUCAGUAUCAUAUACCCUCCAAGGGAGGAGGACAAUGAGUCUGAUGAAGAGGCAGAAGGACAGAGGAAAGCUCCAGAAGAGGACGAGCAGCAGCCAGAUGCAAGGCAGCAAAAAGACAAUGGGCAGAAUGAGGAGAAGGUCAGACCAGGCCAGCCCAUGGUCAUCCCCAGCUUGGGUUACAUAGAUGCUGGUGUGGAGCAAUGCCUGCGUGUGCUCUACCUCCCAGGCACCCCUGAGGUGUUUGUGAAGCGGCUUCAGCUACAGGUGGCUUUCCUGCCACCUCAGGACAUCACUGUGACUGGGGAAGGAGUGUUCCCAAGGAUCAGCCUGAACUUGCCACGAAACCUGUCAGAGGAGUGCUACAGUGAUGUGAUGCAGCAGGCCAGAACAGCUGUGGAGGCAAAUGGAGUCAAAAAGGAGCUUAUGAAUGGAAAUAUCACUGCUGGAGGAGCAACAACAGAGUAUGAAGAGUUGCUUCACAUGGAGAUUGAGAGAGCACUGGUCAAAGAGAACGCUCUUGCUGUGACUGGGAGCUCUGGUAGUUCACUGGAGCUCAGAGACUCAGGAGGUUCCUCCAGACAGUGGUCGAGCCUCAGCAAGUUCCUGCUCCCAGAAUACAUUUUGGAUUUUGGUUAUGUCAUUCCUGGAAAAGUCCUCAGUCACACUGUAAAUGUCACCAAUACCGGAUCAGUACCCGUGUCCUUCCAUGCCAAUCGUAAACCUCUCGCUGGCACAGGCUUCAGUGCCGAAUUUGAAAGAGUGAAGAAUCUGCCCUUUGGUGAGACACAGACUUUCACAGUUAGAUUUGAUCCUCAAGAAGCCAAACUGCAGACUGGGGACAUAAGUGUUGUCAUGCCAAUAAAGGUUGCAGGUGGCCCGAUGGUGCAGGUGCGGCUGUGUGCAGUGGUGACCAUGCCGUACAUUACAGUUUCCACGGAUACACUGCAGUUUGAUACUGUACAGUGUGGCAUGUGUCAGAUGAAGACAUUACAGCUGCUGAAUCAUGAGCUGGUGCCCUGCCACUGGAGUAUAGCUGAUGAUGUGAAGCCUUUCAAAAAGGUCGAUAAGUUUCUGCCUCUUCACCAGCGUAAAAAAGCCUUGCAGGAGCAGCGACCACCUCCAGUGGUGUUUGAGAUGAUUCCCGCCUCUGGUGUGCUGACCCCUGGUGAACGAGUAAAUGUACAGAUAAAGUUCAUCCCUGCUGAGGGGCAUGCUUACAACAGGCAGCUAGUGGUUCAUGUGGCUGAUAGCACCCAGCAGGUGAUCAUUACAGCCCACGGUCAGGGUGAGGAGCCACAACUUGAGUUCUGCCCAUCGGUUCUGGAGCUGGGGCCUUGCCUGCCUCUCAGUGCUGCGGUUCAAGCUGAAGUCACAGUCAAGAACCCCUGCACUUUCCCCAUUGAGUUCUACUGUCUGGAGUUCGAUACAAAGUAUCUCAAGGAUGAAAAGAUCCUGCGUCUGAUGCAAGGUUAUGAUGAGAACAAUGUAUUACUGCUGCCCCCCAGGGUCCCUGGAGAAGGUCUCCCCACAGAACUGCUUGACUACUACAAGGAGUAUUGCUCCCAGCGGAAAGACAAUGAGCUGAAGGAAGGCUUGGGCAAAAAAGAAGCUGAGAGGGAUGACACACAGGAGGAAGAAAAGAGGUCAAAUGAUGAUGACACCCACCCACCAGAUGGCAAAGAAGAAGAAUUACUAGCUAGCACUGUGAAAACAGCUGAAUUGUUCAUUUCAGAGAUGACCAGUGAGUUAAGCAGUGAGAGAGUGGGACAGCUUGAAAUGACCCCGGUCUCCAGAGCAAUUGCCCGCCACAUGUGUGUUGACCUGUCACCUGAGGCUCUGGCUGCACGCAACCGCAGAGGCAUCGCUAUUAUUGUGUAUGGAGCCCCACUGACAGGUGAAAGCAGCACAGCGGCUGCUCUGGCUCAUCACUAUGCAGGGGCAUGCCUGAAUGUUGAUGCUGUGGUUACAGAUGUGCUGAUAAAUGGCACCUCACCUGUGAGCCUGAUGGCAAGAGAGCUCUAUCGCUCUGCUGCUGCCGAGUAUGCUAAGAAAGAGGCUGAGGAGGCUGUAAGGAAGGACACUACUGCAGAAGAAUACUCUAUCUGCUUCCAGCUCAGGCCAUUGAAGGUGCCACAGAACCGGGACCUGCAGUACAUCUCAAAGCUUCAGUUCCAGCUCCAGCUUCACUUGAUACUGUGCGAGUUCUUCCAAAACCCAGGAGGGGAUGUGACCAACCUCAGCAGCUUCUUACCUGAUCAACUACUGGUUGAUAUCCUGGCAGAGAGAUUUCAGUUAAGCGAUUGUCACCGUGGCAUAGUUAUUCAUGGUCUGGAGUCUGUGUACACUCAAUCAGCAGCAAGCACGCUCCAAGUUGUCCUAAAGGCCCUUAAUAACCGCAAACACAUCUAUGUAGUCAAUUUGUCUGACUCCUACGCUGCCCUGAAGGCACGGGAGAGACAAACAGUGAAGGAGCAGGAGGAGAAGAGGCAACAGGAGGAGAUGAAAAGGUUGAGAGAGGAAGAGUUGAAGAAGAAGAACAAAAAGGCUGGAAAGAAGGAUACUAAAGAAGUGUCUAAGAAGAAGGGUGUGCUGGACGGAAAGCAGUCAACAGAGGCGUUGAAUGGACAGAGGAUAUCUUCCUGUGACAACUCUAAAGAGUCACUAGUGGACACAGGAGAGCAACAUAAUUUAAAUGAAGGGCAUCAUAGCAAAGAGGCUGAGGAUACACAAAAGCAGACAGAGGAAAUCAAAACAUCACAUGCAGAGUCUCCUCAACCCACAGACAAGCCGGAGAAAGAAAAGUUCGUUGUGGAUGAGCUGCAGGCUCAGUUCAGUGCGUAUGAGCAGAGUCAGGUGCAGGUGGAGCACAUCCUGCAGCACUGGGACCGGGCCCAGGGUUUGUUACUGGUCUCACUCCCCAGUGGAGAAACCCCACCAGUGUCAGAGGAUGCCCCAACAGAGAAACAGAGCCCUGUUAGCAAGAGGAGCAAGAAAGCCAAUAGCAAGUCUCCAAUGCCCAGUCAGAUGACAGCACCAGCUGACACAGACAAGGUGUCUCCACAGGACAUCAUCCCUCUUAUUGUGCUGAAUGUAACAGAGAAAGACUAUCCCAGUCCAACAGAGCUGCUUAAAGGCAGCACCCUGCCUCCACUGGAUGAGGUGUUGGAUAAUUUGGGGUUGGGACCCAGCGGCCCACCCAUCCCUCCUCCUGUCACCUUCUCUAUAGUUCCAUUCCCCAAAAACAGGGAGCAAUCCGUCAGUCAACUCACCUGUGACUGUUUCACCUUCCUGGUUUCUGCGGGGCAGGAUGAACAGGGUGAGGAGAAAAAGGAUUCUGAAGAGGAUGAAGAGGCAGUGGGCACAGCAUCUAAAACCCGCAGCAGGGGCAGCACUAAGGAGACGGCAGUAACAAAGGACAAGGAUAAAAAAGGCAGAGAGAGUCAGAGAAGCAGGACACGAGCUUCAGCCAAGACAAAGGCAAAGGGCUCGGAGCCGUCUCGAUCACCUGUACAGGUCUCCACCACCUCAGACUGCACGGAACAAGACCAACACCAAGGAACCUUAGAGCUGAAACGUAAUCAGAGCCUGACAACAUUUCGCUGGGUUGUACCAGCCAACAGCGAGGUGGUUCUGAAGAUCUGGUUCUACUCAGACUCCCCAGGGAAGUUUGAACAGACUUUCAACUUUGAGCUACUGGGGACCCAGAGACACCACCAGCUACUCUGCAGAGGAAUUUGCACCUAUCCCUCCAUCUGCAAAGACUACAAGACUCUUUUUGCUCUUAGUAAAAAGGUGCCACAAAUGGUAGAUGGGCUCCAGAAGACUUACAUAGUCAAACCUGGUUACUUUGAGUUUGGACCACUACUUUGUAGCAAGACCAGAGACAGAUACAAGGAAAAUAGGUACCCAGAGAACACACAGAGAUUGGUGAUUCGUAACAACUCAGGUCUGGAGGCUGAAGUCCAGUUCCGUUUCCAGCAGGACACACAGGCCACCACGUAUCUGCUGGACCCCCCAGCCAUGACUCUCAAACCAGACCAGAAACAGGUAUUGAGAGUGUGGGCCUACCCAACAAAAGUGGGGCAAAUGAAGGACAGUGUAGUGUGCUGUAUCAAGAACAAUCCAGAGCUUGUCCUCAUCAACCUCUCCUGCUGCGGCGUUCGGCCAGAGCUGGAGCUAGAAAGCAAGCAUUUGCAUUUUGACAGGAUUUUACUGCACAGACGGGACAGCCGUAGUGUGAUGCUACAUAAUAAGACAGCUCUGCCUGUAUCCUGGAGACUGCAAGGUGUGGAGGAGUUGGGUGAUGAGUUCAGUGUGCCGCAGGAUCAGGGCAUCAUCUCACCUAACUCUUCUUUCCCCCUGAGCUUAAACUUUAGGGCCAAGAGGCCACUCCACAUUAAGAAAAUCUUGCGUCUGGAGGUGUCUGAUGUGGAGAAGAUUCUUGGCAUUGUACACACUGAAAACAUACAGGUCACAGCUGAAGCCUAUGAUAUAGCUCUGGACCUCUCACCAGAUGGUUUUCUGGACUUUGGAACCAUCAGAGUCUUUGAAGAGGCCAAACUGGCUCUCAGGGUGAAAAAUCAAGGAAAAUAUGAAAUAGCCUACAAGUUCACGUUUGAGCGGACAGACCCAACCCAGCCAAACCUAGAGUCCAUUUUCACUGUGUCCCCCCAGCGUGGCACUCUAAUGCCCCAUGAGAAGCCCACAACGGUGCAGAUCGUCUGCAGACCCAAUGCUGAAGUCUUAAUUAGAGAGCAGUCUUUUCUGUCUUGCCAGGUGAUUGAACCAAACAUUGGGAAUAGAGGUGAAACCAUAGCCAUCUUAGCCAUCAAAGUUUCAGUCCAGUCUGUCUUCUCCAGGUACAAGAUCACACCUGCAUAUGACAUCAACUUCGGUCCACUGGUGUAUGGCUGCAAGAAAAGCCAGAGCUUCACUAUUGAGAACAAUGGAGUCUUUGAGGCCCGUUUCAGCAUCUGCCGAAUGAUCAUAGACCCUGUUCUACAGGGGAGGCUGGGGGGUCCAGGUAAGAAGAUCCCUCAAGAGAGCCAUUCAGGGAGGCCCACUGGUGCUUGUAGCAAAGUGAGCCGAGAGUCCUUCCAGAAAGACAUUAAUAUUACACAGAAUCGCCUCACUAUAGGGGUCUUCUCAGUGUCUCCCUGCACUGGGAGCCUGCAGCCGGGGUCUCAGCAGGUGGUGACAGUUGACUGUGUAGCUGAACAGCUGGGCAACUGGAACCAGGGUUUGCUCAUUGACAUCAGUGACCGUGACCCCUCAGACCAGCCCGAUGGCAUACCAUACAGACUGCUGUCUGAGGUCUGCAAGCCAGGUGGGUGCUUGUUAGACAUGGCCUCCAUUUUUGAAGAGCAUCAUCUGUGCCACAACAGCAGACAGCUCUCUUCUGAGCAGUUUUGCAAUGCUGAAGGCAUUUAUGUCCUGGAUGAGAACAAGUUUAUCUUUAACAAAGUCCUGGUGAGGCAAACAGCUCAGGCUCGCUUCAAACUCACCAACAACAGCAAGGUGCCCUGUGUGCUCAGCUUGGCCAUCAAAUAUGGUGGCACUAAGGUAAGGCAUUCGUCCCGUAACAUGGAGGUUUUUGAUUUGCCUGCUACAACUCUAAGUAUUCCCAGCCAGUCACACUCAUUUGCUGUGGUCAUCUUCACACCACAGACAAUGCAGCAAUACACUGCUGUGUUUGAGGCCACAUUGGAGGGAACCAGCAGAAUGACCCCCACAUUUAAGACCAAGGUCCUGGAGUUUGACCUAAUGGGAGAGGGCAAUCUGCCCAGUGUCUGUGUGGUGCGUCCAGCUCUGAGGAACAGCAGAGGAAGCCCAAUGUUGCAGUUCAGACGGGUGUUGGUGGGGCGGAGACAUACCCUGCCCUUGGUGUUGCUGAAUGACGGAAAUGUCCCAGCUCAGGUCCAGAUUGACAUGCUGGAUAAACAUGAUGUGUUCACCCUGAAAGCUGCUCCUGGCAAUGCUUGCACCUCCAUCCACUCUACACAGCUGGAGGGCAGCACUGACUCAGAGCAUCACUUGGUGCACAGAGCCAUUCUGAGGCUGGAUGUAAAUGAACAGGUGAAGCUUGAGGUCAGUUUUUGCUCAUACAAGCCCAUGACUGUAAAGGCCAAGAUGACCCUGCAGGUGGAGUACAACCAGUACAGCAAUACCAUUAUUCAACUGAGUGGAGAGACUUACCGGGAAAUCAUCUCUCUUGACAACAUCAGCAGGUCAUCUGAGGAGAUGGACGAGGAAAAUGAUGAGAGUGGUAAUUAUGAGGUGCUGAAUUUUGGUGACUGCCAUGUAGAUUGUCCCUACCAGGAGAGUUUCACCAUGACAAACCACAGCAGCAGCCAGGUGGUAAAGUUUGAGUGGCCUCCUGCGGGAUCCCAUAUCUUCUUUUCACCACAGGUGGGACACCUUCAUGCUGGUUGUUCAAAGGAAGUGACCGUCACCUUUAGCUCCAAUCAGCCAGUGACUCUGAACAGCCAGCCAAUGAGAUGUAAGGUUUGUCAGGUGGAGUUCCAGCAGCCACUAGAGCAGGUGGUCGACUGGGACGAUCGACAGAGGACAGUCCAGUGGCUAAGUCCCACGAAGCAGGCUUCAGGAACACAACCACAGCAACCUGUGAAGAAUAAGGUGAUAAAGACGGAUCCAGAGCCCUGCUGCUCUGUGGUUGAGGGCUCACAGUGGAUGUUGGAAUUGCGUAUCAGCGCAGUUUGUGACUAUGUGAAGUUCAGCUGCAACUCCAACACUGUCCACUUCAAAGACACCAUGCUUUAUCAAACCAGACUCCACCAACUGCAGAUAGUGAAUCAGGGUGGUGUCAAACUGGAAUUCUCCUGGCAGGUCCUCAUGGAUCCAAGCAGCAACACUGUCAACAAUGACCAUGGAGAUGAGAACUCCAUUUCUCGACCUGGCAGCAGGUCAGCAGGAGUGUUGGUUGGAGCUCGUCCUGCCAGCGCUCUGGCCAGCGUGAUGUCUCUUUUGAUGCGAAAUCCUGAGGUGCCACCCUUCAGUGUUGAGCCCAGCAUAGGGGCCAUAGAGCCUGGUUCCAUGCAGAACUUUAGCGUUCGCUUUUCACCUCUGGAACUGGCCCAGUUUCAGGCCAGGCUCGUCUGCAGUAUCCCCAACUUGCAGGAAGGGGAUCAGGCUCCCUGUAUCUCAGUGUAUGGCCGCAGCCUGCAGCCCCACUGCCACUUUGACCUUGAGGACUCAGACUACAUCAGGGGGAACCACCGCAACCCUGAAUUCAGGAACCCUCUUGACCCUAACACCAGUGUCAUAGAGUUCAACGCUGUUGGUUUCUCUGUGCCGUCAGCAAGACGUUUUAUUGUGGUGAACCCAACCAGUAAACCCUAUUCAUUCAAGUGGAAGUGUGAAGAUGCAGGUGGCAGCCCAUUUCACUGUCUCACCCCAUGUGGCACUAUCCAGCCUGGAAAGAAAGUGGAGAUGCAUUUUGAGUACAUAGCUGAGCAGCUGGAUGUGGUGGAGUCAUUCUGGAGCUUUGUGAUUGAGACUCUGUCACUGUCUGUUCCCUUCCUGUGUGUGGGAAACACCAGAGAACCACUUGUCUAUCUCAACAAACCUCACCUUGACUUGGGAGAACUCCUUGUUGGUCGUAAAGUGCAGCAGACAGUCGAUCUGGUGAACGGAGAGGAGGAGCCUUUUCACUUCUCGGUGCUGCAGUCGUCUCUUCUCUGUGAAGACCAACAGUCCAGCCUCAUUUUGCAGCCCAUGAGUGGCACAGUGUCACCUAAAGACAGGUUGCCAUUGUCAGUAUCCUUCACACCUUGCCGGGAGGGCUAUGUGAGCUUCAAGUUGGUUCUGAGGGUGAAGAGGAGGUCAGAGCCACUCACACUCACCGUUAAGGCCGACUGUUUCGCCAUGAGCACUUCAGUUCAAGUUGCGAAUCCAGACGGAGGCCUCAGAGAGAUCAACUCCAACCACGAAGACACUGUGGACUUUGGAAAGGUGGGGAUUUCAGAGCAGUCCACCUUUAAUCUUCUGGUGUCCAAUCUGGCAAGAUUCAGCCUGGAAGUGGAUUUUGACCUAACAGGUCCCAGUGACCUGCUGAAACACUUGGAGGCAAAACCACAAAAUGCUACUAUUGAGGUUGGGAAGCAGCUGCAAUCAUCACUCUUCUUUUGUGCCCGGAGCAAUUGUAACCUCCACGAUGUCAGACUGAGUAUCAAGGUAAAGCACGGGCCAACAUUUACCUUUGCCAUUAAAGGCAGAGCUGUAGCACCAAGCCUAGAAUUCUCCUUCACCAAAUUCAACUUUGGCAGGUGCUUCCUGUACUGUCCUGGCAUGGUGCCGCCCUCCCAGACUCUCGUAAUCAGCAACAAAGGCGAACAUGACAUCAGUGUCCAGUGCCAGUUCAAGAACACCUCUUACCUCGAGAUAGACUUCCAAGCAGAUAUUUUGUCCUCUGGUGCUGCGGUGGAGGUACCAGUCACCUUCUAUCCCCGUGAGGCAUGUCGAUACCAUGAAAAGCUCACCUUCAUCUUAAACAGCUGCAUCACGAAAGAGGUGGACAUACUUGGGCAAGGCAUCGAGAUGAAGCUGGAAGUGGAGGAUCCAAGGCAGAGGAAGGUGAAACUUGGAUCUCUGAUGUUGGGUCAGACGGUGAAAAAACAGGUGGUCCUGGUCAACCGCAGCCCUUUGGAUCUUACCUUUACCCUGCUUCUCAACACAUACACACCACUGGACCCAAAGGACCUGUCCUUCUGUCCAGCAGGGGAGCAGAAAUUGAAAGCCAGUGGUUCUUGUAAUGUUUCAAUCCAAUUUUCACCUCGUCAGCAUGUACGUCCCUUCAAGGCUGAGCUGCAGGCAGAGUUUGCAGGCCUGUUACACCCCCUGCUGACCAUCGAAGGCUGUUGUCAGGGUGUGGAGGUCCAGCUGGACCAGGACCACCUUGCUUUUGGAGCUGUAGGUCAGCGCUGCCAGGCCAGGAAGAGGAUUGUCAUGAUGAACACUGGAGACAUUGGUGCCAGGUUCCACUGGAAAACAGAGAAUUUUCCUCCAGAGUUGUCCAUCUCGCCGGCUAAAGGCUACAUCUGCCCGGGUAUGGAGGUUCCUUUUGAUGUGACCUUUGCCCCCGAGGAACUGAGUAAUGACAAGAGAUAUGAGAACCUGUCUUGCUUUGUCGAGAGCUCCUCCUCACCCGUCACCCUCACUGUGACAGGUUCCUGCAUUGUAGCUUCCACCAGCAAAGAGGUGAUAAAUUUUGUAUGCCCAGUACGUGGCUCUCACACCCAGACCCUACCCGUGUCCAACCCCACAAACCAGCGUUGCAGCAUCAGGCCUGUCAUUGAGGGCGAGCAGUGGAACGCUGCGCCUUGUGUGACUCUUGACCCCCUGCAAAACAAGACGUAUGAAAUCACCUACCAACCGCUGACCAUGACUGCUGAUGGAAAGAAACACCUGGGAUCUGUCUUUUUCUCCUUCCCUGAUGGGACAGGCAUGCUGUACUCCCUGCAGGGAACUGCUGAUCCUCCCAAGGCAGAGGACACCAUUGUACAUGAGCUACCUGCCAAGACUCAACACACACAGUUGCUCCCUGUGCACAACUGGCUCUCUAAGCAACAGCGGUUCCGCGUUCUGAUAGAGAUACUGAAGCCCGACAAAACAGAUGCUACAGUGUCUCUCAAGGGUCUAGAGUACAUUGAUGUCCCUGCUCUGGCCAAGAGAGAGUACAAGAUGUCUUUCUUUACAUACAGAGAGGGGCAGUACAACACUAAGGUGACAUUUCAUAAUGAGGUGACAGAUGAGUACGUGUUCUACCUCGUUACCUUCAAAGCCACAUCUCCAGGAGUCCUGUCCACCAUUGAGUUGGUGACCACUGUCCGUCGGACGGCCUCGGCCACCGUGCAGGUGGAGAACCCCUUGACCACAGCUACCUGCCUCACCACUGAGUGUAAAUGUACUGACAUCAGUAUCCCAUCUCAGCACACUGUGCCAGGACAGUCCAAGGGUUCUCUGAGCUUCGAGUACCAGCCUCUGCGUGCAGGCGAGUCUACAGCCCGGCUGACUCUGUGUAGUAAUGUUCUGGGCUACUUUCACUACAAUCUGCUUCUCAGAGCUUUGCCUCCACCACCAGAGAAAACCGUCUUCUUCAACACUUCACUGGGCAGCAGCCACUCAGUUCUUGUUAAGUUCAUCAACUACUCCCGCUUCAAAACCGAGUACUCAUGCAAGACUGAUUGCCCAGACUUCACUGUGGACAAAAGUGUUGGUGCUUCGCCAGGCUUCCAGGCAGGAUCAGAGGCCAGCGUGGAGAUCUGUUUCGAGCCUCAUCAACUGGGGGAGGUGAGAGGCCAGCUCAGCCUGUCCUCAGGAAUCGGUGGUGAAUACAUCUUCCCCUUACAUGGGAUCUGUCUCCCUCCCAAAGCCCAGGGCCCGUUCAGCAUCAGGGCUGGACGCAACGUCACGAUCCCAUUCAAGAACGUGUUCCAGCAGACCACCGCGUUCUCUUUUCAGGUGGACAAUCCCUGCUUCACUGUUAAAGGGGUGGACAGCAUCCUCUCCAAAAAGACACAAAACAUCCUGGUGUCAUUUGAGGCCACUGCAGGAGACUCUGUGGGACCCUGGUUUGGCAAGAUGACCAUCUCCAGCCAGCGCUCUGAGGGCCACAGAAAGCCCUGCUCAUGGGUCUAUUACCUGAGGGGCUUCCGCCCUGAGUCAUCUUAGAGACAGAUAUGAACACACACACAAAAAGACAAAAACACACAAAAUGCCAGUGUAAAUGCACAAAGGCAAUCAUAUGGACUCAAAUGUGUUAUUUUAUUUUUAUGAUGCUUCAGUUUCAUGUGUUGAUAAAUUAUUUAGUCCAUGCCUGAGCUACAACAUUAAUGCCAAAAAUACAAGCGGUAAUUGUCCUGUGUGUAUUAAUGUGGUUUUAACAAUUAGUUGUCAAAAAUGUGUUCAUAAAUAUUUUAAUAGUUUACUGAA